UUGUUUACCGUUUAUGGCAGCCGGUGAGCGGAACCGUUUCCGAUUUUGUCCACUCGUUUUGCUGCUCAUUCUUUGGUCUUUUCGUCUUGUGUCGUCCCGUCUCUUCUUUUCUUUUCUCUGCCUUUUUUUUUUUUUUUUUCCCUUUUGCUGCCCCGUUUUAUGCCAACCCGAUGGGUUUCUACAAAAAUCUUUGAAUUAACACCUUAAUGAUUUUUUCAAGCCCAAUUUUGGAACAGUUUUCACAAACCUCAUGGAGAUAACAUGCAUGGGUCAGCCGUUGGACAGAAUGCAAGUCGAAGUUGUGUAAAGCUCCUGCGCCUACGUACGCCUGCAUGCUCUUAUUUAGACCAAUACAGACUCACAUUUAUGUAGGUCUCAUAAGCGCACCAUUUGGGAAUGCCCCCUUGUGGACGCGUAGCCUAGUGCAGGGACGUACGUUCUUAUGCACACCAGUUUGCGGCGGUGGGCCUUUUUUUCCGUCGUUACGAGUCGGCGAAGGGGUCCAACCAUUUAUGUCCGCACUGAAGAGGUACCUACGCAAAGGUACAGCCGUCAAAAUAUAUACUCGUUGGGACGGUGCCACUGGUAGGGUACGGACCGCCGCGCACCCCCCACGAAAAAAAAGAGUGAAACAGAGAAAAACAGAACGAAGUGCUGCUAAAAAAAGUGCUGCAAAAAGUGCCACCAAACAAAGUGCUUCCAAAAAAUGAACAGCACCGAUGAAAUAAACAAUGAAGAGAACAGAGUAUGUCACCAUAACUUGAGAAAAAACAGGAAGCCGCGAAGCUACGAUUUCGAAUACUUUGAUGAGUCGCUAAACAGGCAGAAGGGGAAAAAAAGGGGCAGAAAGAGGGGAAGGAAACCCAAAAAUGCUCUGAGCGUAAUUAGCAAAAGUGUAGACUCUACAAAUGUAGACGAAAGGGUUAAAAGGCCGUACAUUAGGAAAAAAAGCAAAGACACGAGUGUGCACGAGCAGGAAGAUGUAGAAAACGAGAAAAGUGAAGACUACAUUGUCCACAAAAAUGAACAUGUGGAAGAUAACAAACUGCUCAACGUCCCGGCGGUACGCCCCAAAGGAAGAAGGAGAAGAAAAAAUUUUAACAUAGAUAAAAGUAUGCACCUACUUAAUUCAAAUGUACCCCUCAGAAAUAGUAAUAUAAAAAUUGACCGCAUAUGUGAAUAUUUAUCCUACAAAACGAACACCACAUGGAGGUACAUGGGGUCGACUGUUAAAUUUAGGCUUAUAAAUGAUCAGCAGGAAAAAUAUAUUUUUUUAAAAAAUAUGAAAAAGCAUAUCAUAUUUGAAAUAAUUAAAAUUGCCAUGUUCGCCCUACUCAGGGUUAAUCUGAAUGACAAUAACAUUUACACCUUACACACCGAGGGGAAGAAGAAACCCUCUAGGGAGAACCCCAAUAAGCGUAGUAACACAUCCAGGGGUAAACGCCCCUCGGAGGACAAAACCGCAGAAGGUAAUAACUACACCGGUAGUGUUCUUCACCCCAGUGGGACAGAACAGCACGAUAAUAACACCCGCAGUAGUAACGGCCACGUACACUGCAGCUACUACUACUACAGUAAGCACAAAGCAGGCAGUGGUGGUAGUGCCAAAGGGUUAAGGCGCGCUUCCAGCCAUGGCAGCGAAAGGGGGCAGGUCCAUCAUCGCGAUACGGAUGUGCAUCACAGCAGUUAUAACGAUAACAGUGCAGGCAUUACCCAUGGGGGGUUCAACAAUAUGAAGAAUCAACUCCCCAGAGAAAGUGAUAUGCCCCCCGCCUGCACGUACGGGCAUUAUGACGUGAUGGAAGACAUACAUAAAAGGCUACAAGAAAAAAAUGAUAUACUAAACCAAGGCGUAACUGUAUCCGAAAUUUUAGACUUUGUAAAAGAAAAAUAUGAAAAGUAUUAUGAAAAUGUUAAACAGUACAUUGUGACGACGCUGAAUAUUUAUUGUGCUUUAAAUAUUUUCAAGCUGAUCAGAAGAGGCAGGUAUGCCAUUUGUAGGUUCGAGCAUUUUAACAUUUUUAAAGUGAAAUAUUUUAAAAAAUAUUUUAAGUUUUUUUAUAGCUUAAAGGGGGAGGAAGAAAUUUUGAUGAACUUUAAGAAUUACUUGAAGUCCUUUUACUAUGGCAAGACGGUACGGCAACUGCGGGCAGCGUCUAAUGGGCACGUGGGCAGGCCUGCGGGCUCGGGCAGGGGUCGUCGAUCCUAUUCGAAGGAAGGUACAAGUAAAGGGGCAAGAGAAGCGGCACGGGAAGUGGUAUGCGAAGCGGCAAGGGAAGCGGCAUGCGAAGCGGCACGUGAAGAAGCAGACGAAGUGACCCAUGGAGAGGCACACGAAGGCGCAAAGGAGAAGCGACGGACGAGCCCGCGAACGAGUACCCGAAUGAGCCCCAGAACGACCCCCCAAGGGACUCCCGAAGCGAGCCCCCAGCCGAAGCAGAAGAUGAGCAGGGAGCCCGAGGAUUCUGCGCAAAACGGGACGAUAAAGGAAGAGCAGGGGCAAAUGAACGACGAGUCCCCAGAAAAGAAUAAAAGUGUUAAUCAUGAAAACGCAGCGGGGGAUAUUACCUGCCCGGACAACACCAUAGAUAACGCAACGGUGGAGAGAAGAAACAGCAACGUAUCAUUGGCGAGUAAAACAGUCAAGUCGGAGCCUGAUGGGGAUAAAAACGACCCCGCGGUGAACGCCCCCUCAAACGAAGCGAACAACACUCGGAAAAGCAAAAGCAGAGCGAAAAAUGGCCCAAAGGAACCCAAAACAAGGGCAAAACAGAAGAAAAAAAAAGGCAAAGGGAGUAACACCUUAGCAACAUCAUACGAUGAGGAAAAAAUAAAAAAUGUGUGUAUCGACUUAAAUAAAAUUAAUGUAAAAUGUAUCAAAGUGGUAUACGGCAUGAAACAUUUUUUCUGUUCCUACGAUACGAAAGAAACAAAUGAUGAAGAAUUUGAAAUUAUUAAAGUGCAAAAAAAAUAUGACCUACUGAGAAGGUCCAGCUUUGCAAACAUGAAUUUAAGAUAUAAUUUUCUAAGUGGAUCGAAGAGACUGCAAAGUAGAAAUGUGGUGAACUACAAUGAAGAUAACUACGGCUCCAUGGGCACCAAAAAUUUGCUCCUAAGAAAUGACAGCAGCGUUAACGUUAAUGUUAACCUUAAUACGGACGAACAAAUGGGCAAGCAGCCCCAGUACGGGAAGCAGAAGAAACAAAAUUACGAAGAUGAUGUAAUGAAGCAUGAGAAAUACAAUUCUGUUAAUUUUAAUAUAAGCUAUAAAACGCUGAGGAAAAAAAUGAUUUGCGUUAGACACUAUGUAAGCACCACCAAGAAGGAGGAACGAUCGCAUAAGCCGAAAAAUGAACUGAAAGGAAAGGAUAAACUUCCCACCGUUUCGAAUGACAGCUUGAUACAGACCUGCUCCAUAAAUUCUAACAUGUCAAACGUGAUUAGCGUCGACGGGCUUUCCUCCAUGAAUUUCGAGAGCCACUGUUCGCAGUGA